UAUGGCCCAAUUCAACAAAUCCGGCCCAUCCUCACACAGAAAAUUUUCUGCCUAGGUCUCUCUCCUUCCCGGCAGUGAAGACGUAGCAAGAAGCGAUGAGCGUCGAAGAUCUUCCGCUGAAGGAGGCGAACGUGCUUAAGGGCCACGAAGGUGGCGUGCUCGCCGCCAGGUUCAACUCCGACGGUAACUAUAUCCUCAGUUGCGGCAAAGACCGUACCAUACGCCUCUGGAAUCCUCACCGUGGCAUCCAUAUCAAAACCUAUAAAUCGCAUGGCCGUGAAGUUCGCGACGUCCACGUUACGUCGGACAACUCCAAGUUAUGUUCCUGUGGUGGAGAUAGGCAGGUUUUCUAUUGGGAUGUUGCUACUGGACGUGUAAUAAGAAAGUUUCGUGGCCAUGAUGGUGAGGUAAAUGGUGUAAAAUUCAACGAGUAUUCAUCUGUUGUAGUCUCAGCAGGCUAUGAUCAAUCAUUGCGCGCUUGGGACUGCAGAUCCCACAGCACUGAGCCAAUACAGGUUAUUGACACAUUUGCAGACAGUGUGAUGUCUGUUUGUUUAACAAAAACUGAAAUUAUUGGAGGAAGUGUUGAUGGAACUGUUCGGACAUUUGAUAUUCGUAUUGGCAGAGAAAUAUCUGAUAGCUUAGGGCAACCUGUCAACUGUAUAUCGAUGUCAAAUGAUGGCAACUGCAUCCUAGCCGGUUGCUUAGACUCUACUGUGCGUCUUUUGGACAGAACCACAGGUGAACUGUUACAAGAAUAUAAAGCUCACACUAAUAAGUCAUACAAAUUGGAUUGCUGCCUUACUAAUACGGAUGCUCAUGUAACUGGUGGCUCUGAGGAUGGCUUCGUCUAUUUCUGGGAUCUUGUAGAUGCAUCUGUUGUGUCAAAAUUCAGGGCUCAUGCCUCAGUGGUAACAAGUGUAAGUUAUCACCCAAAGGAAAACUGCAUGAUAACUUCAUCGGUAGAUGGCACUAUUAGGGUAUGGAAGACAUAAAAAACAAGAUUCAAACAAAAAGUUUCUCUGGUGUAUCCAAACGUACCAAACAUUCGGCAAUACAAAUACUCUGUAUGAUGAUGAGAACAUGUUGAAUUCCAAUUGGAGUAGUCACACACCAUGUUACUUCAGGUGUUAUUAGAUAUAUUAGAUACAAGUAACAUUCUUGGGGAGGUUUGUUUGACUGACUUACAUGUGCAUUUUGUUAGGAAGUUAGUACCUAAUAAUACAUAGUAGGGGUCUGUUUGUAAUGCAUCAUGCAACACUGAUCUUGAGUCAAAUCAGACAAAAGUUUGUCACCAUUGAAAUAUUAGGUAUUGGGCAAUUCACUUUAUGUGUGUUCUAUGAUC